AUGCUCUACUUCUGUCCAGCAAAGCCACAGCCCCCGAAAAAGGCUCCAGACCUUCGUCCCAUUUCCUCUUUUCCUCCUUCUUCUUCUUCUUCUUCUCUCUGUCUUUCUUUCUCUCUCAGUGAACAAUCUCGCACAUUUUCCCGACGCAACCUGGUAACAAAAGAUUGCUGCCAGAUGACCGGCUGCCGGCGCAAGUCCCCGGCAAUGUCUGCACUUGCCAGCAGAUCCAUGCUCCUCCCUCUGCUCCUCCUCAUUCACUCCUUUCCAGCUUCCGUCUCUGCUCAGCGCCGGGGAUCUGGUUCUGCUUCCCCCUGGCAGACUCUCUCCGGAAAUAGCCCCAUAGUUGUAGCUCGGGGUGGAUUUUCAGGUCUAGUUCCUGAUUCAUCCAAUGCGGCUUACCAGUUGACACUGCUGACCAGCGCGCCGGAUGUUGUCUUCUGGUGCGACUUGCAGCUCAGUCAAGAUGCAUUCGGGUUCUGUCUCCCCGAUGUCACGCUUGGUAACUCUACUGAUAUCUCUCAGCUUUACCCGGGCCGUCAGAGCACCUACACCGUCAAUGGCGUGAGGCAGACCGGGUGGUUCUCCUUGGAUUUCAACACCACCAGCUUGUCAACUGUUUCCUUGAUGCAGGGAGUCUACUCGCGUAGUCCGAAUUUCGACAGCAAUUUGUUCCCUAUCCUAAGUCCUGAUGAUGUUGCUGCGCUAAAGCCGGCUGGCCUCUGGUUGAACGUUCAGCAUGAUGCAUUCUACAGCCAGCACAAUCUGAGUAUGAGAAGCUAUGUUCUUGCUGCAUCUAGAAGAUUUGUCAUUAACUACAUCUCAUCUCCGGAAGUGGGGUUCUUGAGAAGCAUUGCAUCGCGAUUCAACCCGAAAAUCACCAAAUUGUUCUUCCGGUUUAAUGCGCCUAGUGAUGUCGAGCCUUCCACAAACCAGACUUAUGGUUCUUUGCUAUCGAAUUUGAAAUUUAUCAAGACCUUUGCCUCUGGAAUUCUUGUGCCUAAGACUUACAUAUGGCCGCUUGAUGCAAGUAAUUAUUUGCAGCCCAGUACUACACUUGUCUCGGAUGCUCAUAAAGCCGGGCUUGAAGUUGUGGCCUCAGACUUUAAUAAUGAUGCUGUUCUCAGCUACAAUUACAGUUACGACCCUGUAACUGAGUAUCUGCAAUUUGUGGACAAUGGUCAGUUCUCCGUUGACGGUGUCUUGUCCGACUUCCCAAUAACCCCAUCUGCAGCAUUUAAUUGCUACGCUCACAUGGGCCAUAAUGCUUCAGACAAAGUAAAUACUUUGGUCAUCACCAAAAAUGGUGCAAGUGGAGACUAUCCACCCUGUACCGACCUUGCAUACCGAAAAGCCAUUUCCGAUGGAGCAGAUGUUAUUGAUUGUCCAAUCCAGAUAUCUCAGGAUGGAGUCCCAUUUUGCCAGAGCUCUAUAAACCUUAUUGACACUACACAAGCUGCUGAAACAUUGACCAGCUUUUCAACGAGUGUUCCGGAGCUCAAAGGCGAUGGCAUAUAUACGUUUAGCUUGAACUGGAGUCAAAUUCAGGACUUGACUCCGGUCAUAUCCACCCCAUUUCCUAGUUAUCAGUUGGUCCGUAAUCCAAAGGAGCGAAAUGCUGGGAAGUUGGUUUCCCUAGCUGACUUCUUGGGUAUGGCAAAAGAUGCUGGAGCGCUUUCUGGUGUCUUGAUCAACAUUGAGAAUGCGGCUUAUCUCAUGGAGAAGCAGGGGCUAGCUGUCCUUGACGCGGUGGAGACCGAACUGACCAAAGCUGGUUACCAUAACCAGACAGCUCUGAAAAUCAUGGUCCAGUCCACCAAUAGCUCAGUCCUAAUGAAGCUGAAGGAUAAAAAACAGUACGAGCUGGUUUACGCGGUCGACGAGACAAUUGGAGGUGCUGAUCCUUCUGCAGUUUCAGACAUCAAGAACUUUGCUCAUUCCGUCGUGAUCAGCAAGCAGUCGGUGUUCCCCCAGAACGACGCUUUCGUGACCAGAAUGACCGAUGUCAUAACAAAGCUGCAGAAUGCUGAUCUCCCCGUCUACGUCCAGACCUUCAGCAAUGAGUUUGCAUCUCAACCGUGGGACUUCUUUGCAGACAUCAACGUGGAGCUCAACACCUACAUCUCGACCACCAACAUCAGCGGCGUCAUUACAGACUUUCCUCAGACACCUAACAGAUACAAGAAAAACAGAUGUCUAACUCAAUUGGACAAUGUUCCUCCCUACAUGGCCUCGGUUCAGGCAGGGAGUCUGCUGGGACUUAUCCAGCCGCCAUCUUUGCCACCAGCUCAGGCUCCGAACCCUGCUCUGACCGAGGACGACGUCUCUGAGGCUCCUUUGCCACCGGUCGGAGUGAAGCCUACAUCGGAGUCUCCCCCUGGUGGUGGAGCUACACCACCAGGCUCAGGAAGUGGUCAGCCAAGAGGAGCAGCUGCUGGGUUCAUGGCUACUGUUGUGGCUGUGUUUUUCACUUUGCUCUCGCUGCUGCUGCUUUGAGUUUGUGGAAAUGUGGCAUGUAAAUGGUGAUUAGGGUCUUCCCUCCCAGAAGAAGAGAUAUGGGGAAGAGUUUUUUUCUAGGUGUUUUUUAUUGGAUCAUUCUUAAUUGGAUGGAGGUUAAUAGAGUAAGACGGAUCAGGGAAGAAGCAUGGAGGGAUUGUAUUAGCUGUGGCUGUUUGGUACUUGUAAUAUAAACAAAAAACUUUAUUCUUUGGUGUGUAUGUAUUUGACUUAGUAGAGGAAUUGUUGGGAGUUAAAAGCACAGGCUGUCACUGUUCUUCAGUGUAGCCCAUUUACACUUUAGUGUGUAUGGAUACUCACUUGAACCUG